AUGACAAGGAACUGCAAUGCGGUAGUCGGAGUCGAAGGCGGUGGCAGCAGUGGUGGCAGAGGAGGAGGGGGGAUGAAGAAGGGGCCGUGGACGGCGGCGGAGGAUGCAAUACUGGUAGACUACGUUCGGAAGCACGGGGAGGGGAACUGGAACGCAGUGCAACGGAACAGCGGGCUCGCCAGGUGCGGAAAGAGCUGCAGGCUGCGGUGGGCCAACCACCUCCGGCCGAACCUGAAGAAGGGGCCCUUCCGGCCGGACGAGGAGCGCCUCAUCCUGCGCCUCCACGCCCUGCUCGGCAACAAGUGGGCCCGCAUCUCGUCCCACCUGCCUGGCAGGACCGACAACGAGAUCAAGAACUACUGGAACACCCGGCUCAAGCGCCGGCAGCGUGCCGGUCUCCCGGUGUACCCGCCGGACAUCAAGCGCGAUGACCGCCUCCCCCGCCACUCCGUCCCCCACUCGGCUGCGGCACCGCCACCGUCUCCGCCUCCGCUCCAACCCCUCCACACCGAAUUCAUUUUCGACCCUGCGGUAGCCGCCGCCGCCCCCCCGGGCUACCCCUUAUCCCCAGCAAACAGCAUCACCGCCACCCCCGCCAGUGCCGCCGCUGCGAUCCCUAUGUUGGCCCAGCACAACCCCCACUUUGCGAGCCACCUCCCCGAGCUGCAGCUGCUCCACUUUGGCGCUUCGUCGCCCUCGUCCGCAGUUUUUGCGGAGCUCCCUUCGAACCAACUGUUGUUUCCGGAGCCACUACAUCUGCAUGACUACGGUGGCGGUGGCGGUGGCGGUGGCGGUGGCGGUGGCGGUGGGGUGUUUUUUGAUGCAUUGCUGAUGCAAGAGGAGGUGAGAGUUGGUGGCGGUGGUGAUGAAAGCUUCUUGCUGGGGAGGACGGGGUCGCUGCCGGAGUUGGUUCCGGAAGAGCAGGACUCAGAGUGGCUUCACGUCAAUGGCGGCGGCGGCGGCGGCGGCAGCAAAAGAAUCACUUCUCCAGAAGCAAUUACCACCAUACAACAACAAUAUCUUAACGGUAUCAGAACCGAUUGCCUCAACGAAACCAAGCAGAAGAGGGAAGCCGAGAGCUGCGGCGACGAGAUCUCGUGCCUCUUCGAGGGAAUGCCGACCGCGACAAUGACGGCAACAUUCGCAGAAUGGUUCAGCACCGAUGGCUGCUGCGGCAGCGGGGAGGCGUCGAACGGCCCGUCGUCCGUGAUAACCACCGACGACGGCACCGAGCAGCUCGGGAUGCAGCACUUCGCCUCCUCGUCGCCGCCCCCCCUUGCAGCGGCAUCGGCGUCGGCGUCGGCGUCGGGCCGAGAAUGGAGCAUUGGCUCAUGCAUUUGAGUGAAUUGAACCAAUUUGAGAUUGAGAUUGUUGCUUGUAACUGAUGUGAAGCAUAUAAACCUCUUCCUCUCUCAAUAGUAUAGUAAAUUUGGGACCUGUGAACUUCGAUGUAUACUAAAUUAAUUGUGUGAACAUGCAAUGGAUUGGAUUGGUUCUAA